AUGUGUGAUAAGUGGUGGGGGAGGAGUAAUUUUGAUUGGGCUGUGAGGGAGUCAGAAGGCAGAUCGGGUGGAAUACUAUCGGUCUGGAACAAGGAUAAGUUUGUGGCAACUAGUAAAUGGAACGUGACGGGGGCUGUUAUUGUUAAUGGGAUUUGGCUACAAGGAGGCCUGCAUUGUUGUUUUGUUAAUGUGUAUGCGCCCAUGGGAACCACCGAAAAGGAAUCUUUGUGGGAUACAUUACAGCUCAUUGCUCUUCAAAACAAAGACUCUUGCCUGUGUUUUCUUGGCGACUUCAACGCAGUGCGUGAUCCGGGAGAAAGGGUGGGGAAAGGUGCUGUCUUUAAUCAAGCAGAUGCAAGGUCUUUUGACGCUUUUAUUCGGCAAAGUAAUCUGCUGGAAAUCAGAACACAGGGGAGAAAGUUUACGUGGUAUCAACCUGGUGGAGGAUGUAAGAGCAAACUAGACAGAUUUUUGGUCAACGAGAAAUGGAUGCAGGAAUGGCCGGACACAGUCGGAAGGGGGCUUCAGAGAUCAGUGUCGGAUCAUUAUCUUAAGGAUGAACUUCAGGAGCUGGACAUUUUUGAUGACACCUUUGGUCUUGAGGAGAGUGAGACAAUCAGGAGAAAUGAAUUACGAGCAAAGAUUUUCCUUAAAUCCAAAGAAAAAUGGCUUGAUGUUGGGGGCUGCUGGAUCGAGGAUCCAAAGACCAUUAAGGAGAACGUCAAAACGUUCUUCGAGAAUCACUUCAAGAAGAUGCCGCGCGUCCUACCUAUGAUACCGGGAGAUUUCACUGCUCGGAAAGUUUCUGCAGCGAAUAAUGCGGAGCUGAUCAAAACUUUUUCAGAAUCAGAAAUUAAAGAGGCCAUUUGGAGUUGUGACGGUGACAAGAGCCCGGGACCGGAUGGCUUUAACCUCAAGUUCUGGAAAGCGUCAUGGGAGAUUAUCAAAAAAGAUUUUUUAAAGGUGAUGACUGAAUUUCACUCCAAUGGCAAAAUACCUCGGGGAUGUAACUCUUCAUUCAUCGUUCUCAUUCCUAAAAAAGAAGGAGCUUGCUCACUUGAGGAGUUUAGGCCUAUUUCACUUAUUUGUAGCCUCUACAAAGUCAUUGCGAAGGUUUUGGCGAAUAGGAUGAAACAGGUCAUGGAUUCAGUUAUUUCGGAUAAUCAGAGUGCCUUCAUUGGCGGCCGUUACAUCCUUGAUGGGGUCGUGGUUCUAAAUGAAGUAAUCGCGGAGGCUACUAAGAAGAGAAAAAGGAGGAUUAUCUUCAAGGUGUAG